UGAAAGGCCCGCCAGCUCACCACAAGCUAGCUAGCGCACAAGGAACCAGGACAACGCUUUGGAUUUUGGCAAGCCAGCGCCCAGUCCUUCUUUGGUGCUUAGAGCUCUCCUGCUGUUUUCAAUAUAGUCUGUCCAUCUUCAUCUCUGUUGUUUCUGGAAAAUCAGGCUGGUCGCUGCUUUCAACCGCUCCAAUUAGAAACUUGUGGUAUCAGGCGGUCAUCUGGAUCUAUAUUGGUUAACCGACCCUUUCUCCACGUGAAAGCAAAAAGAAGGUUCAUAAGUUCUGCCAAAGAUGGCGAUGGCGGCAGGGCGUCGGAGUAACGCCCGAUUACCCCCGGAGGUGAACAGGAUUCUCUAUGUGAGGAACCUACCGUUCAAUAUCACGGCCGAUGAGAUGUACGACAUCUUCGGAAAGUUUGGGGCGAUUCGGCAAAUACGAGUAGGCACUGCCAAGGACACCAGGGGAACAGCCUUUGUCGUUUACGAGGACAUCUAUGACGCUAAGACAGCUGUGGACCACCUUUCAGGUUUCAACGUGGCGAACAGAUACUUGAUAGUGCUGUACUAUAACGUCACGAAGAUGGGGAAGAAGUUCGAUCAGAAAAAGAAGGACGAAGAAUUGACCAAGCUGCAAGAAAAGCACAAUGUUACAAAAGAAGAUUUAGACGAGAUAAACAGGCCGCAAAAAAAGAAAUAAGAACGUGGCAUACGAUUUGAGUUGUACAUAGGGCGAAUCCUUAAAAGGUGCUUGGCUGAUUUGGAUGUUUGUUUCUGGCCCAAGGUCUGGUGCAUGACAUAUCAGAGAGCUAUAGCAAUCACUUUGCGACGAUGCCGUCAAUGUCGGAUUGUGAUCGGAACUUAGAUGACAGUCGGGUUAGGCCGGGCCGCUGCACGAAGUGGGCAGCCUGAUCGAGCGGUUUCGGAAUGGGCGGCUAAAUAUAUCUGCCGCGCCUUGUCGCCCA